AUGUUAACCAAUGGGAGGACUGUAGCCAUCAAAAAGUCCCAAGUUGUUGAUCUGCGCCAUGUAAGAGAAUUCAUCAAUGAGAUGGCAAUCCUUACACAAGUGAACCAUAGAAAUGUGGUCACACUACUUGGAUGUUGCUUAGAGACGGAGGUCCCACUACUCGUCUUUGAAUUCAUCUCAAAUGGUAGUUUGAGUGACCUCAUUCAUGGAGCAACCUCCACCCCUAUAUAUCAUAUGGAUAUGAAGUCAGCCAACAUACUUUUAGAUGAAAACUAUAGAGCCAAAGUAACAGAUUUUGGAAUUUCAAGGUUUCUGACAACCUAUCAAACCCACUUGACUACCCAGGUGAAAGGGACGGUUGGUUACAUGGAUCCACACUACUGCCAAACUGGCCGCUUCACAGAAAAAAGUGAUGUGUAUAGUUUUGCAGUGGUUUUAGUGGAAAUAUUGACAAGAAAGAAGGCAGUUAUGACUAUACCUGAUAGUUAA